AUGGUGCUGCCGGAGGAAGGCGGGCACCGCUUGGGCAUGGCCAUGGCCGCGGCGGCCGAGGAGGAGGAGGAGAGCCAGCGCGCCCUGCACCACCAGCGGGUGCUGAUCAACAUCUCCGGGCUGCGCUUCGAGACGCAGCUGGGCACCCUCAACCAGUUCCCGGACACGCUGCUGGGCGACCCGGACAAGCGCAUGCGGUACUUCGACCCGCUGCGCAACGAGUACUUCUUCGAUCGGAACCGGCCCAGCUUCGACGGGAUCCUCUACUUCUACCAGUCCGGGGGCAAGCUGCGCCGGCCGGUCAACGUCUCCAUCGACGUCUUCGCCGACGAGAUCCGCUUCUACCAGCUGGGCGAGGAGGCCAUGGAGCGGUUCCGGGAGGACGAGGGCUUCAUCAAGGAGGAGGAGAAGCCCCUGCCCCGCAACGAGUUCCAGCGCCAGGUGUGGCUCAUCUUCGAGUACCCGGAGAGCUCCAGCUCCGCCCGGGGCAUCGCCAUCGUCUCGGUGCUGGUGAUCCUCAUCUCCAUCAUCACCUUCUGCCUGGAGACCCUGCCCGAGUUCCGGGACGAGAGGGAGCUGCAGGCCCCCCUGCCCCCACACGGGGCAGCCCUGAACGGCACCGGCGGGGAGGCCCCCCCGAUGCAGCCCCCCAGCAGCCUGUCCGACCCCUUCUUCAUCAUCGAGACCACCUGCGUGAUUUGGUUCACCUUCGAGCUGCUGGUGCGCUUCUUCGCCUGCCCCAGCAAGCCCGAGUUCUCCAGGAACAUCAUGAACAUUAUAGACAUCGUGGCCAUCAUCCCCUACUUCAUCACCCUGGGCACCGAGCUGGCUCAGGAGCAACAGGAGCCAGGGGCCCCCAGCACCGCCAGUAACAACAACGGGGGCCAGCAGCAAGCCAUGUCCCUGGCCAUCCUCAGGGUCAUCCGCCUGGUCAGGGUCUUCAGGAUCUUCAAGCUCUCCAGACACUCCAAGGGGCUGCAGAUCCUGGGGCAGACUUUGAAAGCCAGCAUGCGGGAGCUGGGGCUUCUCAUCUUCUUCCUUUUCAUCGGGGUGAUCCUCUUCUCCAGCGCCGUGUACUUUGCCGAGGCGGACGACCCAGACUCCCAUUUCUCUAGCAUCCCCGACGCUUUCUGGUGGGCGGUGGUUACUAUGACCACAGUGGGCUAUGGGGACAUGAGACCUGUCACCGUAGGGGGCAAGAUCGUGGGCUCCUUGUGUGCUAUCGCUGGCGUGCUAACCAUAGCCCUGCCCGUACCCGUCAUCGUGUCCAACUUCAACUACUUCUACCACCGAGGAACUGACAACGAAGAGCAGGCUAUUCUCAAGGAGGAACCCAGCAGCGCUCAGGGCAGCUCAGCUGGGGGGGAGCUGAAGAGAAGUCGCAGUAAAAACUCUCUGAACAAAUCUGUUGUGCACUUGGAAAACAGUGAGGGGAUCAACAAUGGCACUGGAUCCUUAGAGAAAACCAAUAUCAAAGCUAAAAGCAACCUAGAUCUUAGAAAAUCCCUCUAUGCACUCUGUCUGGACACCAAUAGGGAAACAGAUCUGUAA